AUGACUGCUAGCGGCGAUUAUAAGGUCAGCAUUGAUAAGCUUGAAGGACCUGACGACUGGGCCAAAUGGAAAUGGCAUAUUUCUAUGGUGCUACGUUCAUAUGGACUAGAAGAUAUUAUUGACGGUACACGUGAACGUGUAGAGUUGCCGCAAGAUGCGACAAGACUCGUCUUAACGUGCAAGAAUGCUAAAGAAAUCUGGGACAAAUUACGCCCCCGAUUUGAACGUAGCAGUACUCAGCGUUUGAAUAUGUUGAUUGAGACAUUUUUCCGUGUUAAACGUGAUGAAUCGGAAGAUAUUAGUGCAGAUGUGGUCAAACUGCAAAAGUUAUUUGUGGACCUGAACGAUGAAUUAUCAAAACAUGAAGAAAAUACGCUAUCUGAAAGAAUCUUAAAUGGUCGAAUUUUGUCUACACUGGGAAAAGACUACGACAAUUUUAAGGAUCUCUGGGAUACGAUACCGACAGAAAAGCAAAGCUUGAAUUUAUUGAUUGAAAAACUCUGUACUAUUGAACUGCGUGAAAAAGACGUUAAUGGAAGUGCAGCUUUUGUCGUUUCUAAAACAAGAAAACGGCAAACAAGUAAUCAGCAAGUAAAGAUGACGAAGUCACAAUUAAAACAGAAGUUUCCGUGUAAUAAAUGCAAACAAUUAGGUAACUGGCCAGCAGAGUGUCCACAGAACACUCGUGACAGCAAUAAAAGAAAAGAGAAGAAGCGAGACAGUGAACACGCUGCAUUUACUUCAUACGCUAUGGGUGUGUGUACCAGUAAUCACAGUGACCCAAAUAAAUGGUAUUGCGACAGUGGCGCUACAAAUCAUAUCACUCCCAACAAACAGUAUUUUGUUUCGUAUAGUGAAUUUGAUGUUCCUCAAGUAAUUUCAUUGGGAAAACAAGAUGUGAAAAAUGUGUGCGUACGGUCAAGGAACAGUUUACAUCCAAAUCCGACGAAACAAUAA